AUGGGCUACGAUAACGAUGCCAAACCUGUCGAAGAGGAACAAUUAGAGGGGGAAGAUUAUUGGACUAUCAUCUCUUCUUAUUUUGAGGGAAAGGGUUUGGUACGACAACAAUUGGAAAGUUUCAACGAAUUUAUCGAGAAUACUUUACAGGAGAUUGUGGAUGAGAAUCCAUUGAUAAUAUUGGAUCAACAUGCUCAGUUUACUGGCAAAGAGGGAGAUGAACUACGUCGACAUCAACUCAGAUUUGGCCAAAUUUACCUCGCUCGGCCAACGACCACUGAGAGUGAUGGUAUAGCCGCCCCCAUGUUUCCCCAAGAAGCUCGUCUCAGAAAUUUGACCUACUCCGCCCCUCUAUACGUCGAGAUCGAACGCAGAACUUUCGUCGCAGCUGGUGCCGAUGAGGAUCCACUGGAUACGGAAUGGCAACCCCUCUUGGAUGCUUACGGCGAGCCAGUGGUGGAAAAGACAAAGGCGUUCAUCGGCAAGGUGCCUGUAAUGGUUCGAUCUCAUUUUUGUCAUCUAGAAAAUCUACCCGAUGAAUCUCUCUACCACCUCAAAGAGUGUCCAUAUGAUUCGGGCGGUUAUUUCGUCGUUAAAGGUUCGGAGAAAGUCCUCAUUGCUCAAGAGAGAAUGGCAGCGAAUCAGGUGUACGUUUUCAGAAAACAAUCGCCUUAUACGUAUUUCGCCACGGUCACGAGUCAAAUGGAGAGGGGUGGGAAAAUGCCUAGUGAAACUGAGGUUCGGAUGUAUCCCAGGUCAUCUGGUGGUACGACCGGCUCGGUCAUACACGUACGCUUGCCCUAUAUCAAAGUCCCUAUCCCUAUCGUCAUCGUCUUCAGAGCACUUGGUAUCAUCGCCGACUCGGACAUUUUAGAGCAUAUCUGUUUCAACAUGGGUGAUACACAAAUGCUUGAAAUGCUUCGGCCUUGUGUCGAGGAAGCUUUCGCCAUACAAAGUCGCGAGACCGCCCUCGAUUUCAUCGGUCGACGACAUAACAAGGACAUUGGUACACGUAUGCAGCGACAACUUGUCGCUUUCGAUAUCCUGCAGAAGGAGUUCCUCCCUCACGUGUCGGUUUCCGAAGGUUUUGAAUCGAAAAAAGCCUAUUUCCUUGGUUACAUGAUCCAUCGUCUGUGCUCCGCCGCCUUGAACAGAAGAGACCUUGACGAUCGUGAUCACUUUGGUAACAAGCGUAUGGACUUGGCCGGUCCAUUACUGGCCAACUUGUUCCGAGGAUUAUUCAAGAACCUCACCAAGCGUGUUCACCGUCAUCUGACCACAUGUAUCGAAAAGAACCGACCUUUCGUCUUCAGCGAAGCUCUACAGCCAAGCAUCAUCACAGACGGGUUCCGGUAUGCUAUCGCCACUGGUAAUUGGGGGACUGGAACGAACCGGAGAGUGGGAGUUUCGCAAGUGCUCAACCGAUAUACCUACGCAUCUACCCUCUCCCAUCUUCGGCGUACCAACACGCCUAUCGAUCGAGGUAGUAAAGCUACCAAACCGCGUCAACUUCACAAUACCCACUGGGGUAUGGUAUGCCCUGCCGAGACACCCGAAGGUGCCGCUUGUGGACUGGUCAAGAACCUUGCUCUUCUGUCAUACAUCUCAGUCGGGUCCUAUGCUGCGCCAGUGAUGGAGUUUCUGGAGGAGUGGGGUCUUGAAGACCAAUCGGAGUUCCAACACAACCCCGGUGCCACCAAAGUCUUCGUCAACGGUGUGUGGAUGGGGGUACAUCGAAAUGCUGGAACCCUUUACGCCAACUUACUCCAGAUGCGACGUGGUGGUCAACUGAAACAUGAAGUAUCGAUUGUGCGGGACAUUCGAGAGCGAGAGCUACGAUUAUGCACCGACGCCGGUCGUGUAUGUCGACCAUUACUCAUUGUUGAUCAACGGACCCAGAGUUUGAAAAUUAAAAAAUCACAUAUCGAACGUACGGAGAUACUGCUGGAAGGUGGAGAGGACAUCGCCACUGGUUCGGCAUGGAUCGAAUUGCUCAACGAUGGUGUGAUCGAGUAUGUGGAUGCGGCUGAAGAAGAGACAAUUCUCAUCGCUAUGACUUCGGAGGAUUUGGUCAACGCACGAACGGCAAGUGGUAAAGAUGAGCUAGUGCGACAACGAGCUGCCCAUAAUUUGGAUCAUUUCGAUCCCGCCGCACGUGUAAAGAGUACCAAUUGGUCUCAGAAUUACACCCACAUGGAGAUUCAUCCUAGUAUGAUCCUCGGAGUUUGUGGGAGUAUCAUUCCUUUCCCCGACCACAAUCAAUCCCCCCGAAACACGUAUCAAUCCGCUAUGGGUAAACAAGCCAUGGGAGUUCACUUGACAAAUUAUCAAUUACGAAUGGACACAAUGGCAAAUAUCCUGUACUACCCUCAAAAACCCCUGGCGACCACACGAUCCAUGGAAUACCUAAAAUUCUCAGAAUUGCCCGCGGGACAAAACGCCAUCGUAGCUAUCAUGUGUUACUCGGGAUAUAAUCAAGAAGAUUCAGUCAUCAUGAAUCAGUCAUCUAUUGACCGAGGAUUGUUCAGAUCGUUGUAUUACCGAUCAUACACAGAUGCGGAGAAGAUGACGGGGAUGGAGAAAGUGGAAACUAUCGAGAAACCUGAUCGAAAAGAUACGUUGAGAAUGAAGAUGGGAUCAUCAGAUCGAUAUGCCAAGCUUGACAUUGAUGGUCUUAUCGCUCCUGCCACCAACGUCAAUGGAGAUGAUAUCAUCAUUGGUAAAACCGCUCCCAUACCUGAAGAAAGCGAAGAAUUAGGACAGAGAACAUCUCUUCAUACGAAAAGAGAUGUCUCCACUCCUCUUAAAAGUACAGAACAAGGAGUGGUCGAUCAAGUCAUGCUAUCAACAAAUGGUGACGGUCAUAAGUUUGUAAAAAUCAGAAUACGUUCAACUCGAGUACCUCAAAUAGGUGAUAAAUUCGCCUCGCGACAUGGUCAAAAAGGUACUAUCGGUAUCACCUACAGACAAGAAGAUAUGCCUUUUACAGCAGAAGGUAUCACACCGGAUAUCAUCAUCAACCCUCAUGCCAUCCCUUCUCGAAUGACUAUAGGUCAUUUAGUCGAAUGUUUAUUGUCAAAAUUAUCAACAAUGACAGGAUCGGAAGGUGAUGCUACACCAUUCACAGAGUUGACAGUGGAGAAAGUUUCCAAAUUCCUCAGACAAAGAGGGUAUCAGAGUAGAGGUUUAGAAGUGAUGUAUCAUGGUCAUACGGGUAGGAAAUUACAGGCUCAGAUAUAUUUUGGUCCAACUUAUUAUCAAAGGUUAAAACAUAUGGUGGAUGAUAAGAUUCAUGCGAGGGCUAGAGGACCUUUACAGAUUCUGACUAGACAACCGGUGGAAGGUAGGAGUAGAGAUGGUGGUUUGAGGUUUGGAGAGAUGGAAAGGGAUUGCAUGAUUUCACAUGGGAUAGCGGCGUUCCUCAAAGAGAGGAUGUAUGACUCUUCGGACGGAUUCAGAGUCCACGUAUGCGAUCAAUGUGGUCUUAUGGCUAUUGCCAAUCUCAAAAAACAAGAAUUCCAUUGUUCGGUAUGUAGGAAUAGUACUCAAAUCUCUCAAAUUUAUAUCCCAUACGCGGCCAAGUUAUUAUUCCAGGAACUUCAAGCGAUGAAUAUAGCGGUGAGGAUGUACGGUGAAGCGGAGUAAUCUUUGGUUUCAUGACUGAACUCGGGGAUGAGGAGAUACGAAGGGUGUUUGUAUGCGUCAUCAGAAUUAUUUAGCAUUCAUGCAUUGCAGCAUGCAGCAUUGUAUUCAUCC